AUGGAUUACACUACUAACACAAUUUCUCUCGAGGAUAUAGAGGGAGCACGGAAGAGACUGGACGGAAAGGUCGGGAGCAGUCCUCUUAUACCACUGAAUUACCUGGUCCCUGAUAUAAAUAUAUAUCUAAAAUUAGAAAAUCUUCAACCGAUCGGUUCCUUCAAAUUACGUGGAGCCUGCAACGUCUUGGGGAAAUUGUCAGCUGAUCAACUUAAAGACGGAGUUUAUACCGCAAGUGCUGGGAACUUCGCUCAGGGCCUGGCCUGGAAUACACAGAAGCUAGGUAUACCAUGCAAUGUGAUUGUCCCUGACCACGCCCCAGCAGCCAAACUCUCGGCGAUAAAGAGACUUGGGGGCGAGAUUGUAAAGGUCCCGUUUAGCGAGUGGUGGAAAGUUUUAGAGACGCACAACUUUGAUGGGAUGGCAGGGACGUUUGUGCAUCCGGUGUCUGACCCAGCAGUCAUAGCAGGAAAUGGAACUAUUGGCUUGGAAAUAUUUGAAAGUUUGCCAGAAGUUGAUGCUAUCAUUGCUCCCUAUGGAGGGGGAGGUUUGUCAUGUGGAAUUGCAUCAGCUAUCAAGGCACUUAAACCAGAUGUGAAGGUCUACGCAUGCGAAGUGGACACAGCGGCUCCUCUAAAGGCAUCUAUGACAGAGGACCGACCCGUUGAAUUUGAUUACAAGGCUUCCUUUAUUGACGGCAUGGGAGGAAAAUCGGUCCUGACAGAAAUGUGGCCCCUGGCUCGUAAACUUCUUGACGACUCUAUUGUUGUAAAACUACAGGAAGUUGUUGACGCUUUGAAACUGAUGGCCGAAAGAAACCACGUGAUUGCUGAAGGUGCAGGCGCAGCCCCUCUCGCGGCUGCCCUGUCAGGAAAAGCCGGAAAAGGGAAUAUUGUGUGUGUGGUGUCUGGUGGUAAUAUCGACACGGACAAAUUGACAACAAUCUUACAAGGCAACAUACCCUAAAUAUAUAUAUUGAAUAACGGGGUAUAUGCCAGUUCCACGGGUG